UUAGAGCAGCGCGUCACAUGUUGUUUUUCUCCACAAUCAGACCAGUCCGAGGGGAAUCUUCCUCGCAGUGUGUUUUUCUUGUUGUUGUUGUGGUUGUUGUUUUUGUUGUACUUUUAUACUUUGAAUACCGCAGCGGACACCUAAGCUAUGGAUCAAAUGCAAGUAGCGUCGUAAAAUAUUGAAUUUGACCGUUUCGAAUUGACCGGACUGCUUAGUGACGAGCGAUGGCAAGUCCCCCGGGGGCGGUGGAACACCUGUUUAUUAAUGGGGUGAAGAAGUAUGGCUACUUGAGGAAGCAGAAACACGGGCACAGGCGCUUUUUCGUGCUGAGGGAGUCCGCCGACCGCUCGCCGGCUCGACUGGAGUACUACGAGAGCGAGAAGAAAUGGCGGAACAAGGGCGCUGCCAAACGGGUGAUAAGUUUGGACUCCUGCCUCUGCGUCAACAAGCGAGCGGACGCCAAACACAAACACCUGAUCGCCCUCUACACCAAGGAUGAGUAUUUUGCCGUGGCUGCGGACAGCGAGCAGGAGCAGGAGAGCUGGUAUGUGGUUCUCAGUGAGCUCGUUGCAGAGGGGAGGGUGUACGACAGCCCCGCUUCCACCUCCUCCCUCGUCGGCUUUGAAGAGGCCAACUAUGGAGUCGUUAGCCCAACGACAGCGGCGUACAAGGAGGUAUGGCAGGUCAAUUUAAAAUCCAAAGGCCUGGGUCAAGUGAAGAACCUCACGGGAGUUUAUAGGCUCUGUUUGUCCAGCCGAACCAUCAGUUUUGUGAAACUUAACUCCGAUACGGCUGCUGUAUGUUUACAGCUCAUGAACAUCAGGAGAUGUGGCCACUCUGACAGCUUCUUCUUCAUUGAGGUAGGGCGGUCAGCGGUAACUGGGGCUGGGGAGUUCUGGAUGCAGGCCGAGGACUCUGUGGUCGCCCAGAACAUCCACGAGACCAUCCUGGAAGCCAUGAAGGCCAUGAAGGAGCUCUCCGAGUUCCGGCCCAGAAGCAAAAGCCAGUCAGCCAGCACCAACCCCAUCUCGGUGCCCAUGCGGCGCAACCUCAAUAACUUGCCCCCAAGUCAGACGGGCCUGGUGAGGAGAUCCAGAACAGCCAGCGCAGCCGGAGCAUCUCCAGGGAGGAAGUUUUCAUCUAGCCGGGUCAGAACCUCCAGCGAGGGUGACGGAAGUGUGCCGCGGCCAGUAUCCAUGUCGAUGCCUGUGAAUGGAAGAGCUGUGAGUCCAAACGCUGCCUCUCAACUCAGCAGGUCCCAGACUCUGAGCAACGGACGCACAUGCAGGAUGCUCGAGUCAUCCUACAACCUGUCCAUGCCAGUGUCCAACUCCCCCCCUGCCGCGUCCAUCCCCAUCAGCAUGUCUCCCCGGUAUAACCUCUCCACUCCCAACAAGGGUGGACAGUCUUUCAGUUGCAGCACCUCUGGCUCCCUCAGUGACACCGGCUUCAUGUUGUGUGAUGAUUAUGUUUGUAGUCCAGUUGAAGCAAAGUUCCUCCCCCUGACCCGCAGCGACACCCCUGACUCCCUGUCGAGCACCCCUUCGUCCCGUGACAUGAGUGACCCUUGUGGCUACAUGCUAAUGGUGGCUGCAAAUGCCAUUAAGUCAAGGACAGGUGGUGAAGGGGUGGGGAUGGAUAAAGCUUACAGGAAGCGAACCCACUCCCUCACCACGCCACAUCAACAGAAAGCAGUGACGCCGCUGUCUUCUGCAUCCUUGGAUGAGUACACACUCAUCCAGGCCCGUGAUGGACACAACUCUCAUUCUGCCUCACCUAAAAUCUGCUAUCCAGAAGAUUACGGAGACAUAGAGAUUGGUUCAUCCAGAAGCUCUAGUAGUAAUCUUGGUGACGAUGGCUACAUGCCCAUGACUCCAGGUGCAGCGCCACAAUCUGCAGGUGCAGCGCCACAAUCUGGAAAGGUAGACAACUACGUGCCCAUGAGCCCCAUGUGCGUGUCUGCACCAAAGCAGAUCGUUAACCCGAGAGUGCACCCUCACGGGGUGACCAGCAGGGGCUACAAGACCAGCUCCCCAUCCAGCAUCUCACUGGAGGAAAACGGCUACAUGAGAAUGUGGUGCGGCUCCAAGUCCUCCAUCGAGAGCCCGGACAGGAAUGGGGAAUACAUGAACAUGUCACCUGGAACCCUACCUCCACUCCAACCCUCCCCUGACGACUAUAUGGGUUUAAUGACUGGAGAGCUGACAUCCAACAGAUCAGUUUACCAGCCCAGCUUCCUCUCAAUCCCUGCUAAUGUCCAAGCCUCCAAGAACGAUGACGACAACCAAUAUGUGUUGAUGAGCCCUCACAGUUUGAGGCAGAGGACAACGGAUACGGACUACUAUUCUGUAAUGCAACCUAUUGCAACUCAAGACUCACCGCUGAGUCCUUCAACAGCUUCCCCAGUCAGACAGAGCCUAGGUCAGAACCUAACCCACAGAGUGAGGCUCAGCAGACCAAACAAGCUGUCCCUCGACACUCUCAGGACCCUGCCUAGCAUGCACGAAUACCCCCUAACCGGAGAGCCCCGUAGUCCCGGAGAAUACAUUAACAUCGAUUUCAGUGGCACUCGAAUUUCUCCUCCCUCAACGGAGUCCACAGAGAGCCAGUCGUCGUCUUUGAGUUCCAGUGACGAGGGUCCUAGGAGGCCCUGUCUGACUUCCUUCAUCAAACUGGAGAUGGCCUUGCAACAGCCAAAGGAAGAUGACACUGUUGCUGUACUUGACCUAUCCUUGUGUCCCAGCUCACAGGAGGAUAAAGUGUACAAUUUGGAUGGACAAACAGAGCCAGGAGAAGGAAAUGGGGGUGGGAAUGACUACACUGAGAUGACAUUCGGGAUGACCAGCUCACCUCCACAGCUUGUUCCUCAAAACACUACAAGUAGCAAGAGCGACAGAGGGAGAAGGCAUUCGCUGGAGGAGUCAGCUGUUCCAGAAGGAAUUGGUGUCUUCCUCCUUGGAGCUCCCUCUUCGUCUGUACUCGACCCUGACUCCUCUGCCAAGGUGAUCCGCGCCAAUCCGCAAGGACGGAGACGCCACAGCUCUGAGACUUUCUCCUCUACGACCACUGUGACGCCGGUCUUCCCUUCGUUUGCCCGCGGUGAGACCGGAAAGAGGCACAGCUCCGUGGAGAACAUCUCAUCGCGGAGCAGCGAGGGUUCUGAUGACGAGUACGGCAGUCCCGUCAACCGGCAGAAUUCUGCUGCUUACCCAAACAAACUGAACUACAUUGCCUUGAACCUCCUGGACAACAAAUGUGAUGAACUGGUUGUCUUCAAACCGACUAACAGCUGCAAACAGGGUAUCCAUGGAUUACACAGCACGCCAUAUGUCUGCUUGGGCUUCAAGGAGUCUGCAACUACUGCCAAAGAUUGAAGCAGUCAUCUGUCUUGCGUUCCACAUGACCCCUUUUACCUCGAUAACCCCGAGAGAUGGCAUGCAACCUCGACGCUACACACACACCCAUACACACCUAUGUUUAAAGUAGGCCACCAUUUAUGCAUGUUGGGGAAUUAGCUGAGGGUAAGUGUGUGUGUGUGUGUGUGUGUGUGUGUGUGUGUGUGUGUGUGUGUGUGUGUGUGUGUGUGUGUGUGUGUGUGUGUGUGUGUGUGUGUGUGUGUGUAAAAUGGAGCACCAAUUCAGUCAGUGAACACUGUUACCAUGAGGAGUGUGUGACAUUCACAGUAUAGAACUAUAUUUGGUGAGUUUAUUUAUUUUAAGAGGACGAAUGUCUGUGUCCCACUCAAUGCCUUAAUCGUCUAUAUUGUUCUCCACGUGUUCAGUUUAAUAAGAGAUAUAAAUAUUCUAUUACUGUAUGUCUGUUUGACUUCUAUAUUGUUAUUCGCUUGGUAAUAUAGUAUUAUUUCAGAAAAAAGUACAUUCAAAGUAUUUUCUUAAUUUGCUAUUUAUUCUCACAAGAUUAUUUUUUUAACCAAUCCUAAGGAGAUAUAUUUCUAAAUAUAUUAAAAAUGGAUCUGAACUCCGUGACACCAGGCAUUGCACUGCCCUUUUGAACCUUUUCCUUGGGUCACGUGACCCCACAGGCUGACGCUUGCUCCGUGCAUGCAGGCCCCGCUUUACUCUGAUCCCAUUGGAGUGGUACAAAAGUGUACUGCAUUGUAGAGAGAAGCCAUGCUCUGAAGGCACCACCGUGGAAACCGCUCCGGGGUUCUGCUGUGGAGAAAGAAUUGGUUCUCAAACUGGGUGGGGGUCAGUGAGCUGUAGCUUAGAGAUCUGCUGCAAAAUUAUAUUUAAUGAAUUAUGUUGUAUCAUUUAAGAAAAAAAAAGUGUAUGCCCACUUAUGAGGUCCAGUCAAAGCAGCAUAGUAAAAUAAUUACUUCUCCCUACCUUAGUGUCUUGCUAAUUAAAAAAGCACUGAUAUGACUGUGAUGAUACAUCACAGCAAUAUGACGUCCAUGCCUAAAUGUUUCCUUUUUAUCUAUUUGUUUUAGACCAAUAUUAUAACAGAAAUGAAUUCUAGUUGCGCCUCAGGAGAAAAAAAAAGGUGUAUUUUUUUUGGACAAGACGAGUUGAAUUCAUUCUGUGACCAUGCUUGUAACUCAUAUCACUUGUAUCUGAAAUCAUCUCUCCCCAUUGUAUGAAAGGAAAAAUCGCAUUAAUCUUUCCCAGCCUCGUCCAAAAAUCUUUGGAAUGCGUUUGAAAGAAAUAACUCCGUAUAAAAUAAUACCCCGUAAAAACAUUAGUAGUAGCAUCAUAGAAGAUAAAGAAUUCCACCUUUUUGUGGCUCCUUCUGGUCUGCAUGACUUGGCCACCAGGGCCGUUAUAACAUAAGUAGACACGUAAAGAAGAGUUUCACAAAAAAGAUUGAACUUUUGUCAUGGUUUUCGCAGGGGAUAAAGAAUAUACUGUAUGCUUGUGAGUAUUUUAUUGUUUGUUUCAGUGUUGAUGCACUGUUUGCGUUCAGAUAUGGUUACGCUGCCACGUGUAGAUGCUAUUCGUUAGCCCCUCUGUGGCGUUUUGCAUGGUUUUUUUUUAGCAUUAAGCUAAACAGAAUUAAAGCAUAGCUAUGUGGUAGCUUGCAAUACACAUGUAAUUCUAUUUGUGUUAGGUUAAAUUUGACCACAAAUUUCCAGUGGGAGUGCCAUUAAACAGCUUGAAGCCUCUUUUUUUUUUUUUUUUUUUUUUUUCUCAAUAAUUUUUCAGUAUCUGCCAAACCACCGCUUGAGAGAUGAGUUCACUGUGACCAUAGUGUGCUCAUACUGUAUCUCGAUUUUUUUUAUUUGCCAGUUAAAGCAAAAACAUAAAUCCUGAAUGACAGUUCCUAUCAUGAAAACUCGUACAUCACAUCGCUUGUAUCUGAUAGCGCCGCUGUAUUGUAAGAUAUGAGUUUCUUCCCUUAUUCAACUUUAACUUUACUACAACUUUAUCUUCAAAUAACUAUUUUUAUCAUGACAAAACUUUUUUUUUCUCCAAACAAAAUAUAUUUUUUAAAUGAUAACACUUUUUUUUUUCGCAAAAAUAAGUGCAUUUUUAAUUCCUAUGCUAUUUAGGGGUAUACCUUGUGGUAAUCAGCCUCAGCAUUAUGAGCGAGGUGUCAGAAAAAUGCCACCCCCAAGCCCUGUAAGAUAUUCCAGGACCCAAAAAGUUUGAGAACCACUGGUCUGAAGAACUGAUAAUAGAGAUGAGAUUCAAGCAUAAAUUAAUUGUCCCUCAAAGAGCUUUUAAGUGGGAUGCCGCACUUGGCUUAUUCGGCGAUGGCCAGCGUACUUCCCGACCUUUGCACACCGUUCGUCUUUGCAUCUGCGUCAAAGCUAACAUGACUGCGUGUCGUUUCUUUGCACUGCUCCUAUAAACGCUGCGCACUAAAUAAAAUGUUCGAUCUCUUAUCUUAGGUGACACUUUUGAGGCGUCCAUUCAUCUGGUUGCAAUAUUCAAACUUUGUGCUCACCCCCCUUGUCUUAAAGCAGUCAAUAUUAGAUGUCCUCCUUCCUUUGGUGUCAUACACAUGUGCCGAAACCACCUCCACACUUUCAGGGUACAAUACGAAGAACUUGAAAACCUUAGAAUCAGGUCCCAAAAUAUCACUGAGCUGGCUAUAGAUUUAAUAGUUUUAUGACAAUAGAGCUGUGUACCACGACGGUACUGCUAUUCAUAUUUAUUAUGUACCACGAUGUGAAUAUGAUGUAAAUAGAUAGAGUUUAACUGAAAACAAUUGUGAGAAGACAGAGAAUGAAUACAUAUAGAUUUGACCUGUGUUGGAUAUUUACACUAUUGCUAUAAAAAUGUUUUGGCAAAUGUUAUUAUAUUGCUUUCAGAUUUUACGGUGUAUUGUAUGCUUUCUCCUUCACUGUCUAAAAGCAAAAUAUUUAAAGAUAAAAAUCAAUGGCCUUGUUGACAGACUUUGACCUGAUAAUAUAUAAUAUGCAAUCGUGACAUGAACAUGAUGUAGUUUUUAACAGUGGAACCAAAUGUAACAAAUUCGUCUAGUAUUAUAGUUGGUUUCGUUUGCUGUUGUUAAAAAAUAUAUAUGUAUAUAUAUUCUUCUAUAUUCUGGCCAAGUGUUUUGUCUUUUGUGUCAGUCUUCCAUUGUACAUACAACACUAUGUUCUGUUGUGACACAAGAAAUUAUAAUGAUUUAUGGAUUGUGGUGGUCAAUUAUUGCUUUGAUCUGUAUAGAUUGUGCGGUGACCUAAAUAAAUUUAUUUAAACCAG